GGAGAAAGAUAGAAAAAGAAAGAAAAAGAGAGAGAGAGAAAGAAAGAAAGAAACGAACGAACAAAGGGUAACGUUAAGAGAGUGUAUGUUACGAACUCUUGAAAGAAAGAUAUGUGUGCGUGUGACUGUCUAAUAGAGAGAACAUAUUGAUUAAAGGAGAGAGAGAGAGAGAGAGAGAGAGAGAGAGAGAGAAAGAAUGACAAACAGACUGUUUAUAUGAGUGGUGCGCAACAGUUAGUUGUGUGUAUAUUAAGCUGACAACAUGGCCUGUUAAUUAGCCUCAUGCACUGGCGUGGAAAAUCAAAACAAAAAUUAACAUCACAAUUUCGAAUCGAUUGCUGAGAGUUUAAUUAAUAUUCGAACUUAUCAUUAUUCGUUCCUUUACUUACAAGAGUAAAAGAAUCAGUGAAGAAUGGCACCUAGUGUCUAUGACAAAGUAAUUGCGGUGAUAUCAAAACCACAGGAACAGAGAACUGAUUUCGAAUGUCACGAUUUGGUGCCUUGGAUUCGGAAACAGAACAAAUUAUUUUCCAACUUAAAGCAUGAAAUCCUGAAAGACUUGAUAAAAAACUGCCACUUCCAAAGGUCACGUGCAAAUGAUGUUAUUAUAAAGCAAGGAGAUAUAGGUGACGCAAUGUAUGCAACACUCAAAGGGUCAGUAUCUAUUUAUAUACUACCAGAAAUGGAAGAAAACGUUUGCCAAUAUCUUGAUCGAGUUUGUUCAAAACCCAAGCCAGAAAGAAAUCUUUUCGGACAACAUAUUUUUUCCCAGCAAGAAGGAUUUGUGUUUGGUGAUGUGGCAUUGAUACGUGACUGUACACGAACGGCGUCAGUAUUGGCAGAUGAAGAAUGCGAUCUACUUGUUCUGAAUCGACUCCUUUAUAACCGUACUGUCCGAGAAGUACUCAAUUUAGAAUGGCAAGAAAAAACACAAUUUGUCUUAAGAAAUCCUAUUUUCAAAGAAUGGUCACCCAAACAUCGUAAACAACUGGUUAUCUCUCUACGAAAGGAGUCGUAUCAGUUCGGGGCGGUUAUUGCCCGACAGGGGCAACCCGUUCAAAACAUAUAUUUCAUAUUAAAAGGCGAAGUGGAAGUUUCAAUGGAUUUAUCGCUUCAUAAAUCUCAACAACCGGAGUUAUGGACAGAAAUAGAAUCGAAUUUUGCCGAACUAAUAUCAACAAACAGAUCAAAUGGUAAGACAGCCCACCACAACAGACAGCGACGUUCCAGAGUGCAGAAAAUAUCACUUCUUAGUUCCAACGAACACAUUGGUUCCCUGGAAAUAGUACUGGACACCAGGAAACAUCUGGACACAACAACAGUAGCUGGCGAAGUAGAAUUACUCGUUCUAGACCGCAAACAUUAUGAACGACUUCUGGUAAAGAAACAUCCCCAGUCAGUUGAAAGUCUAAAAAAAGAACUGACUAUACGCCAGCUUCUCGUAUUAAGCCGCUUAUAUCAUCCAACAGAAACAACUGUGAUGAAAUAUGUUACCAUGAAGUUGUUAAAUGGAGAUAUGUCGUCCAAACUUACACAUCAAUACCACCGCCAACGCCGCAGACAUCCCGUGAGCAACAGAUACAACGAAAGUGAGAUUUCUCGAAAAGUUAGGACACGACUGCAUAUGAAUUCGAAAAACACCGCGGCAAUUAUUCCAGGGGAAAAUUCAAAGAAAAUGUUUCUAAACCAAUUAGAAUAUGAACUGCAACUACUGAUGAUUCAUUUGAGAAAAAAUGGAAACAUCCAUUAAUUUCAUUUGUUUUGAAGAGGAAGAAAAUCGAGAGUUAAUAAAUAAAACUUCUCUGCAUUCAUAAGAA